AUGACUGCCCUGAAGGAUUCGACAAGGUAUAUUGGUAAUUCUCUAAAUGUUUUAUCCAAAUUAGUUGAAUCCGAUACCGAAAUUUCUACUAUUGAUUUGAAUAUAAUUGAAAAUUUAAAUACCAACCAAUCUUUAAAUUACAUAAAAUUAGAACAGAAACUCAAUAAUUUGGAAGAUAAUGCUAAUAGUUUGGAAGGUUUAAGUAAGUAUUAA